AUGAGAAGUGCUGACCAAUACCCACACACCUACCAAACCAAACGUUUCCACUGGUAUAUCCGUCCAAAAGAUCGUGACUUGUGUGACGAGAAAAUGCAUCCCUCUACUUCACAGGACCUCAGCGAACAGUGUUCGUCCCGCAGCAAUAGGUCGGAUUCUACAGCUGAUUAUCGUUUCUGCCAUGGUGGCGUAUCUGCCAAAUAUCUCUCGAACAUGAUAAUCAUCGCGUUGAUACAGGAGAUUAGUGUUGGUCUGAUCCUGGCCACUGCUGAUCCUGAAUGGUUUCGUGAGCCACGGUUUAUCAUUCUGACUGCUUGUCGUAUAGUUCAACUCGUGCCAUGUUUUCUGGCCUUAGCCGGUAACUAUACGAACAAUGCGACGCUUCUCGUGCCGUUUAUGCUCUCACAGAUAUCUCUCGGGAGCUAUGCAGAUUUAACAACGUACAUGCUGCUGGUCCAGAAUUUCCAAGCGAAUCAUCCUGAUUUUUGGCUCUUUUCCACUCCACUACUUUACGUGGUCCUGCCAAUAUUGCUCUACGCCGCUCUUCUGAUGCUUUGCAUCUACAUCACCAAUAAAUCGAUAAAAUUCGUCAAUUUGAAACGGCUUGGAGCACUUAGUAAAAACACUGCUGACACUCAAAUCGAGUCGUUGAUGUAA